AACUUCAUAUUUCAACGUCAUGACUCAUCCAAGGAUAAGUUCAUCCAUCCAGAUGAAAGAAAGGCACAACAACGAGUUGCGGGAUAGCUUCAUGCCACAAAGAUGUUUGAAAACCUCAGUUUUUUUUCCUAUUUGUUAAGGUGAGAUCAGAGCCAACGAGCUGCUGGGAAGUUUACACUCAUCCGAGGAAAACACUGCUUCCAACAGAGUGUCCCUCUUUUCCCCUCUAGUGACCUUGGUGUGGCUGCUUUCCAAAGCCAGACAUGAAUCUCAGCUGUGGUUCUCCGAUUCGUGGCAGGCUGUUUAUAAAGUUGUUUGUAACAAAGAUUUCACAAACGUUUUCUGCUGUAAUGACAGCAGCAACUUGGAAUUUUUUGGGGAAUAUCUGAAAAGUUUCGUCAGUUCCAUUUGAGAAUAAAUAUAACAUCCAAAUUGUAAAUAAAUAAAUAAAUAAAUUGUUUUAUGAGAAGGAAGAUGGGGGCCUCUUUGCAUCUGCCACGCCCUUGUCAUGCCAGCGGUCCAGAUGUCAUGGGAACCAAUAACAGCUGGUCCUGGUGCCGCUGCGUGUGAAAAGCUGCUCCAUCUGCAGAAACCCAAUCCCUCUGUGAAACCAGCACGGGAUUAGGCACUUUUGAUAAGGUCCUCGAGACAUUUCUAUUUCCAAAGAACAUCAGGAACAACAAACUGCUGAGGUGUUUACUGGACAUGCAUGCAAUGUGCACAAUGUGAAGGUUCCAGCCUGAAGUUUAAGUUUCUUUGGUUAGAAUCAAUCCUGCAGACCGUCGCUGGAAUUACCAAUAAAUUCCCAGAGAUUAAGUGGAUUAGUCAGAUGGAGAUGAGCAAGUCUUUAACAGAGAUGUGGCCUCACUGAGGUCAUGGUGUCUUGGAGAAAAGGGGAGGAGAAAGCGACUGAGCAGGAUUCUUAAAUCACAGAAGUCGAAAGAACAGUUUCAGUUUUAGGAGCUUCUUAUCUCACUGGUUUAUUUAACAUUUACGGCUUAAAAAUGGGAAUUUAAAAAGAUUCAGUCCCAAAUUAUUCCUUUGACUCUGGUGGAGCCGUGACGCACAGGUGGAACAGCCAUGUCCACCGGCUCUGCUACAAGUGAUGCUGAAGACAACGAGACACGUGACAGAAUCCGUCUGAAGAGGACAAUCACCCGGCACGGCUCGGGUGAAGAUCUGGAGGAUGACACUGCGAAGAGGAUCGUCGAACAGAGCCGCAGCGGCAGAAUCUCCAAGGCGCGCCUGAAGGAGGCGCGGCAGACGCAACGGAACGCGGCCAACGCGCGCGAGCGGGCGCGCAUGAGAGUGCUGAGCAGAGCCUUCUCUAGACUGAAAACCAGCCUGCCCUGGGUUCCAGCGGACACCAAGCUGUCCAAACUGGACACCCUCCGUCUCGCUUCCAGCUACAUCUCCCACCUCAGGCAGCUGCUGCAGGAGGACCACUUCGAGAACAACUUUGCGCAUCCUGUCAAUCUGACAUGGCCAUUUCUGACCAUAGGACGAUCAGAUGAUGACGUCACUUCCACUGUCAGACUAUAAACACCUGUCUGCUGGAAAACAGGACUCAGAAAAAAAAUCCAUCACCUGUGUGACCUUUUCUUUUUGUCUUAAAAGCUGAAACAGUUUUACUUCCGUGCUGCACAGAUAAGCAUCGUGUGACGAACCCAGAGGUUCUGCUCUCUGAUAUCCUGGAGAUCUCCUGCUGCAGGCCCCAAGUCCUGCAAACCAGUCGCACACCACCAGAGGCCAGCAGAGAGUGUUGUGGAACAGCUGCGUCCAAUUGCUCAUCAGCCGCUCCUGAAGCCUUUUUAAGCCUCCUAACUCAUCAUUCAUGGAGACACAGCUACAGAGGAGACUUAGUGUUAAAACCGUGGUCGCUCCUAGACUCUGUAUAGUAACUGUGAUCUCCAUUCGUAGGUUUUGGCUUGCUGUCAGUGUCCUAGAGUUUUUGCUAUAGAUAUUGGUUGGCUGGUAGUAUCCCCGAGUUAAUAAGUUUAAUACAGUUAAAGGAUAUAGAUAAAAUGUGCUUUUUGCCUCCUGUUAUUGUUUAAUCUCCCAAUCCUCAGUUUAGCUUGACUUUGUUUUGUUUUGGAGGAUUUUUAGUUAGGCAGAUUUCUAGCUUCUGUUUUCGUUUUAGUGUUUAGU